GGUACAUCAUGAUGCAAAAGAGGGAUUCUCCCAGGAUCCGAAGGAAUUGUUUGAUCCUCAAACCCGCGUCGGCAAGGAAAACAUUGUGAUCUCGUUGUAUUUUUCCUUUUCAUUUUCUCUUGUGCAUUUUCACUGUUGUUGUUGUUGUUUUAUUUCUGUUAUGCAGACCCACUCACAUAAAAAGAUUGGUUUGUUAUCAAAAUCUGCAUGCAACUAACAGGAAAUCUGAGCCCAUUACAGCAGAACGAAUCGCCUGGAUGAGCGCCUGACAGACUGAGACUCAGACAUUCAUCACACGGACACAAGUGAAGGAGUCGAGCGGCAGAGCAGCACCGAUCACCCGCGCAAAAACACACUCACACACACACCCGCGCAGGAUGGGAUAUGCGAACAGGAGCGUAAGAGCAUACACUUUUCUGUUGUGGGUCGCGGCGGUCCUGCUGUUUGCGGAGAGCAGAAGAGGCAAACAGCCGAGAUGCCCCUCUGGAUGCACGUGCACCAAAGAUAACGCCUUGUGUGAUAAUGUGAGAUCUGUGCCUCACAGCUUCCCUCCAGACGUCGUCUCACUCUCGUUUGUGAAGUCUGGAUUCAGUGAGAUUGCAGGGGGAAGUUUUCUCCACACGCCGUCCCUUCAGCUUCUAUUGUUUACAGCCAAUUCUUUUGACUUGAUUGAUGAAGAUGCCUUCCAAGGGCUGCCACAUCUGGAAUAUCUAUUUAUUGAAAACAACAAAAUUGAGUCAAUUUCUCCCCAUGCCUUUAGAGGAUUGAAAUCUCUCAUACACCUGAGUCUCGCCUUCAAUAACCUCGAGACGUUGCCCAGAGAUAUAUUCAAAGGAAUGGAUGCCUUAACAAAAGUGGAUCUCAGAGGAAACAUGUUCAGUUGUGACUGUAAGUUGAAGUGGUUGGUGGAAUGGAUGUUCAGCACUAAUGCAACGUUGGAUCAGUUAUACUGCAGUGGGCCUUCACCCUAUCAAGGGAAGAAGAUAAAUGACCUCAUGCCUCAGUCCUUUGACUGCAUUACAGCAGAGUUUGCUUUAAAGAAAACCCUUGCAUUUGAGUCUAUAUCCGUGGAGGCCUUCUCCUAUGGGAACGAUCAGUAUGUGGUUUACGCUCAGCCUUUCACCGGAAGAUGCAACUUUAUGGAAUGGGACCACGUCAAUAUGGAGUUCAGAGAUCAUGAGAUCAUAUUAAGCACCUCAACAGUGGUGUGCAAGCCAAUGGUCAUCGAUGACCACCUCUUCAUCGUGGUCGCUCAACUGUUCGGUGGCUCUCACAUUUAUAAAAGAGACAGCUCAGCCAAUAAGUUCAUCAAAAUCCAGGACAUCGACAUCCUAAAAAUCAGAAAACCCAACGACAUCGAGACUUUCCGUGUGGACGGCGAGUUUUACUUCGUGAUAGCGGACAGCUCCAAAGCCGGCUCCACUACGAUCUACAAGUGGAACGGCAACGGCUUCUACUCGCACCAGUCUCUCCAUCCGUGGUACCGCGACACCGAUGUGGAGUACCUGGAAAUCGCAGGCAAACCCCACAUUAUUUUGUCCAGCAGCUCACAGCGGCCUGUCGUCUACCAGUGGAACCGAAGCCAGAAGCAGUUCGACAGGCGGACGGACAUUCCCGAGAUGGAGGACGUCUAUGCGGUCAAACACUUCAAGGUGAAGGGGGAGCUGUUUAUCUGUCUGACGCGCUUCAUCGGAGACUCCAAGGUGAUGAAGUGGGAUGGCGCUAUGUUUAUGGAAAUACAGACAAUGCCCUCGCGGGGGUCCAUGGUCUUCCAGCCUGUCUCCAUCGGCAACUGGCAGUACGCCAUCCUCGGCAGCGACUACUCGCUAACGCAGGUCUAUCAGUGGGACGCCAAGAAGAGCCAGUUUGUGCACUUCCAGGAGCUCAACGUCCAGGCGCCGAGAGCAUUCUCACUGGCCUCCAUUGACAACCGAGAGUUCCUGCUGGCGUCCAGCUUUAAAGGGAAGACGCAGAUUUACGAGCACUUGAUGAUCGACCUGAGCGGUUAGGGUGCAGAGAACAGACCCUGACACAGACGAAGCUACCGUUGAAGUCUGAAUUAUUGGCCCCCUGUAUAUCUUUUUCCCAAUUUCUGUUUAAUGGAAAGAAGAUUUUUGUCAACACAUUUCUAAACAUAAUAGUUUGAAUAACUGAUUUAUUUUAUCUUUGAUAUCAUGACAGCACAUAAUAUUUUACUAGAUAUUUUUCAAGAUACUAGUUUCAGUUUAAGUUUCAGCUUAAAAUUACAUUUAAAGGCUUAACAAGUUUAUUUAGGCACACUCUCUGGAAAUAAAGGUAGGAGAGCUGUCACUAUGGUGGUACCUUUUCAAAAGAUACACAUUUGUAUUCAAAAGGUUCAUAUUUGUACCUUAAAAGCAUACAUUUGUACCUAAAAAGUACCUAUGCGCUUUACACAUAGGGGGGGAAUCUCCUCAUCCACCACCAGUGUGCAGUAUCCACCUGGAUGACACGACGGCAGCCAUUUUGCGCCAGACCGCACACCACACACCAGCUGAUUGGUGGAGAGAUGACAGAGUGAUUAAGCCAAUUAUGAUAUGGGGAUGAUUAGGAGGCCAUGGAGGACAGAGGCCAGUGGGCAAAUUUGGCCAGGAUGCUCUUUUUCGAAGGACAUCCUGACCACAGAGAGUCAGGACCUCGGUUUAACGUCUCAUCUGAAAGACGGUGUUAACUAAGCAGUAUAGAGUCCUCGUCACUAUACUGGGGCAUUAGGACCCACACAGACCACAAGUUGGGCGCCCCCUGCUGGCCUCACUAACACCACUUCUGGCAGCAACCCAGCAUUGCCAUGUGGUCUCCCAUCGAGGUACUGACCGGGCGCAGCCCUGCUUAGCUUCAGUGGGUGACCAUGUGAGAGUUGCAGAGAGCUAGCUGCCAGCUAAUAUGUACCCUUAAGCAGGGCUUCCCACAGGUUUGAAAUAUACCUGAGGUGGUAGCUGGAUUGAAACACACCUUUUACCCAUGGCAACAACAUGCAAACAAAAAAUAAUGGGAUUUGUGACACUCUUAUACACUGUUUCUUUUUAAUGGGUUUUUAAUUUCUCUUACUUUUAUGCAAUUUAAGAGCCAUGUGCACCCAUUGACAGGUAAAAGCUGAUCUCUCUCUCUAUCAAGUUCAGCUUGCUAAAUUAGCAUGAUAUUUUGUACAGUAAAGCCAAAGCAUUUUAUAUAUGUGUAAAGUAUGUAAUAUAUUAACCAUCAAAUUAAUAAAAAAUACAGCAAAUGAGAAAUAUAUGACAGUAAAAAGGAUUAAAACAGUGCUAAGAAUUAUAAUAGGCCCUAAUUACAAAAAUAAAAAGUGUUGAUUAUUUAAAUAAGGCUUCCCCCCACAUAAACAUGUUGUACAGGUGAAUUGGGUAAGCUAAAUUUUCCGUAGUGUGUGUGUGAAUGGGUGUGUAUGGAUGUUUCCCAGUGAUGGGUUGCACCAGCAAGGGCAUUCGCUGCGUAAAACAUUUGCUUGAUAAGUUGGCGGUUCAUUCCACUGUGGCGACCCCUAAUAAAGGGACUAAGCCGAAAAGAAAAUGAAUGAAUGAAUUUAAAUAAGGGAAAUUAGUUGAUGUUUUUAAUGUUUCUCUCGCUCUCGCUUAAUAAAUAAAAAAAUAAACAUAAAUGAAAGUGCACACGAUUAACGGCAACUAUAGAAAGCGAAAGCAAAUGUCGAAUCCUGAACAUUAGAAACCCCAAAAGGCACAUCUCUGUGGGUCUGCAGAGCACGUGAGUCAGUGGGAUUGUUGACAGGUCUCGCGCUAACACAACGAGCAGUACGAAAUGUGUAGGGUAAGAUAAGAUUUUCCACUGGCUAAUCGAUUGCGAACGAUCACCAAAUAUACUUGGGUGGCUGUUAACAUACCUGGGUGGCUCGCCCAAGUUAAGUCUAUGUGUGGGAAGCACUGCUUGAGGUAUCUGUAUGCAGGGGCGGAUUAGCGAUUUGGGGGAAUUCCAGCCAUGGGGUCCAACAGUCCUAUAAUGCACCCUUUCUACUUUUUAAAAAUUACACUUCAAUGAAUUAAACUAGAAUGCAAUUAAUGUGAUUAAUUAUAAAUUGUAUUUUCCCCACAAAACAAAAGCAUAAUCUCACAGACAUGUCUUAAUUUUAUUUGAUUUCUCUGUUGAAACAAAACAAAACAACGUCUUAAAGUUUACAAACAAUAAUAACAAUUUCAAAACAUUGCCACCUAUUAAACCCAGCACAUUUUAAUGGUGUUUGGGACAUUUUGGGGCCCAACAGUCAUAAAAUGCACCCUUUAUACUUUUAUUUAAUUUUUUUUGUUCUAUGUUCUAUCUUAAUCCAAUAUAUACUUUUUGGUCCCACUUUAUAUUAAGUGUCCUUAACUACUAUAUACUUACAUAGAAAUUAAUAAUUCGUUACAAUGUACUUAUUGUGGAAAUACAUGCAUUUACUGUGUACUUAUGCUUGAUUAAAUACCUAUAUGUAAUUACAUCUGUAAUUACCUUCUGUAAUUACAUUUGAAAAUACACUGUUCACCAUCCCUUACACCGUAACCCACCCUUAAACCUACCCAUACCACCAAACCUGUCCAUAACCCUACCCCUAUCCCAACUCAAGAUCACCACAAGUUCUCAAAUACAUUAUGAACACAGUAAGUACAUUAUAUUUCUUUUUGAUGCAAGUACAUAGUAGUUAAGGACACUUAAUAUAUUAUAUAUAUUAUAAUAUAUUAAUAUAUAUAUAUUUAAAUAAUUAGUUUUCUUAAAAUUACUAAACUAAAAAUAAUAAAUAUAUAUUUUUAUAAAUCUGACUGCUGGACUGCUGUAUGAUUGGGAGGUGGUGGACAAAUUUGUGCAGAUGUAAUAAUUAUAAUAUUUUAGUUUAUGAUAUUAUUAAUACAUAACAUUAAAUUAUUAUAAUAUUAUAUUUUAAUUUCUAUUAAAUAAUAUUUAAUUACGUUUUAUUUGUUUGACUGUCACCAUACAAAAAUGAUAGAAAACAAUGUUAUAUAUUGUUUAUAGGUAUCAUUUAUACUUCUAGAUCAGGCAUGUCCAAGCUCGGUCCUGGAGGGCCGGUGUCCUGCAAAGUUUAGUUCCAACCCCAAUCAGACACACCUGGGCUAGCUAAUCAAGCACUUACUAGGCUUUCUAGAAACAUCCGUGCAGGUGUGUUGAGGCAAGUUGGAGCUAAAAUCUGCAGGACACCGGCCCUCCAGGACCGAGUUUGGACACCCCUGUUCUAGAUAUUUAUUGGGGGUCCCCCUAGAUUUCCUGGGCCCCUAAGCGGCCGCUUACCUCCUUAAUGGUUAAAUCCGCCCCUGUCUGUAUGGACCCUUUAGGUACAAAUGUGUAACUUUUGAAAAGGUAUCACCCCAGCGACAGCUCUCCUACCUUUAUUUCUGAGAGUGCUUGAUUUCUGAGAGUGAUUUAUAAUGAUGAUUUGUUCUGUAGACAAUUGAAAAACAAAUAUUGCUUAACAGGGCUAAUAAUAUUGACUUUAAAAUGGUUUAAAUAAUUACAUCUGUUUUUAUUCUAGCAAAAAAAUCAAACAAAUAGGUCUUUCUCCAGAAGAAGAAAAAAUAUUAUUGGAAAUACUGUGAAAAAUUCCUUGCUCUGUUAAACAUCAUUCGGAAAAGAUUUGAAAAAGAAAGAAAAAUCCCAGGAGGGCGAAUAAUUCUGACUUCAACUGUACAUGCAUGAUCUAGCCUAGACCGCUAAUAAUAAUAAUUCCAGAUGAAUGCCUCUCUAGAAACGCCCUGUGUGUCUUUCUCUGUUGUCACCAUCUGCUCUGCACUUUUCAUCUUUCCUGUUUUUUUGUCCCCUUUCAACAAAAGCUAUUGUUAACAUAUUCUCAUGCUUGCCAUGUAGCCACUAAAGAGGUGUAACAAGGAGCCAACAAAGGUCAAAUCAGUUAGCUGUUGCUGACGUAAUAACAAUCUGCCAAAUAAACUGUUUACAUUUUUACAGUGAUGUAAAAAGACAUUUGUAACUACUUUUUUAAGCAAAGAUUCAACAUGUUAACCACGUUAGGUGUGAUUAGAAACUUGUUUUGACUAAACUUUUAAUAACCUGAAUGCAAUAAGCAUAGAUUUUGUGUGUGUGUGUGCAAAUAGUAAGGAAAGGUGGCUGUGGGAGAGAAGGGUAGUUGUUUACUGGUACUUUUUUAAGAUCUAAUAAAACCUUAAAAAUAUAUAA